CUAGCCAACAGGGGAUUUCCAUGAGCAAACAGAGCACAUCAUACCCCAAGGAGGAAAGAGAAAAGAACGUAGAACAACUUGUAGAAGUCAACAUUUGUGAGCACUGAAGAACCAGAACAGCAAACCCAGCACAUCAUUAUGGCAUCUGAUCAGCCUUCUUUACCUCCAGGUGACCCUGUUUGCCCAGGGUGUCAGGCCGAGGGGUCGCUCCUGCUGCCCUGUGGACACAGCUUAUGCCAGUCUUGCUUACAGUUGUGCCAGCUCGAGCUAGGACAUGAUCAGCAAAGAUGCACUGAGUGCUAUGGACGAGAGCUGCUUGACAACGUCCUGAAGGGACUGUUUGACUCCAUAUUUCAAGGUCAACCUCGACGGGACAGGACCCAAGCCGAGCUGGGGCUAGGCUUGAUCGGGGAAGACAAUGCCAGGGGUGAGGGUGGUAAGGUGUGUCCUAGGCAUGGUGACAGACUGACUCUGUUCUGCAUGGAGGACGAGGAGCUGAUCUGUGGUCAGUGCCAGCGAGAAGACCAUGAGAGUCACGAUUGUAAUGGUACAGAGGAGGCAGCUCAGGAGUGCAAGAGAGAGCUGAGGUUUGCACUGAGGCCCUUACAGGAGAAGCUAGAGACCCUAAACACAGCCAAACAAAUCUGCCAGGAGACAGCAGAUCACAUCAGGAGGCAGACCCAGCAUACAGUGCAGCUGAUAAAGGCAGACUUUGAGAAGCUGCAGCAGUUCCUCCGGGACGAGGAGGCAUCCAUGCUCACAGCUCUGAAGGAAGAAGAGGAGCAGAAGAGUCGCAAAAUGAAGGAGAAGAUAGACAGGCUAACAGAGGAGAUUAAGUCUCUGACUGAAACCAUUAACUCCACUGAGGAGGCCAUUGCUUCUGAAGACUUUGAAUUUCUAAAGAACUAUAAGAAGGCGUCUGAAUGUUACAGAGUGGAAUGCACACCACAGGAUCUUAAAGAGAUGAGCGGAGCUCUGAUUGAUGUGGCCAAACACCUGAGCUGUCUCAAAUUCAGAGUCUGGGAGAAAAUGCAAACUGUCGUCACAUUCACUCCAGUGACCCUUGACCCCAACACGGCAGACGCGUACCUCUCUCUAUCUGAUGACCUCACUGUCCUGCGCUACACAGACGAAGAGCAGCAGGUACCCGAUAACCCAGAGCGCUUCUGCUACUACGAGUGUGUGCUCGGGUCUGAGGCCUUGGGGACAGGCCGCCACAGCUGGGACGUGGAGGUAGGCGACAGCACUGAGUGGGCACUCGGGGUGGUGUACGACAGCGUGCAACGGAAGGAGUGGUUCCCGCCCAGUCCUGAGCACGGCAUGUGGACCAUGUGCCUGCAUGGAGGUCACUAUCGGGCACCAAACUCCACCAGUGAUCCGAUCCCAGUUAAGAAGAAACCACAAAGAGUGCGAGUUCAGCUGGACUGGGAUGUGGGAAGGGUCACGUUUUCAGAUGCUGCAGAUAACACACUAAUUUACAGGUUUAAAGCCAAGUUCACUGAGAAGCUCUAUCCGUAUUUCUCUAACACCUGUAAAAGGCAUCCGCUGCGCAUCCUUGCUGAGAAAGUGUCCGUGUACACAGAAUAGCUCAGGAAACACCACCCUGAAAGUACUGGUAGAAUAAAGUAGCAGAAUAAUGCCACAUGUAUAAGAAGACAGAUAUGAAUGAAGCCAGAAAUAAUCUGAAAUAGGAAUGUAAUGGUACAUCCUAUAAGCAUAUCUGAAAUAACUAUUCUUAAGUUAAUGUUAUGGUAUAGUGAUUAUAUAAUCACAGCAAGGUAAAACUGUAUUUCUACAUUGCUUUAAAGUAUAUACUAAAGGCUUAAUAAUCCUCCUAAACACUCUAUUUUCCUACAGAAAUAAUGCAGCACUUUCACUGCCAAUGCAACGGCAUAUUAUUUAGUGACCCCCUCUUUAAACUAUGGAAAAAUAUAGCCUUUGCUAUAGAAAAAAAAAGAAAAAAGAAAGAAAACAUGAUCUGAGCACAAUCUGACACUGAUGCUGGGUAUCAGUACUUGUACUAGGAGUGAGCAAUAUUAUAAUGAACUAUGGUUAUCAUGAUAAAUUACAUCAUGAUACACUUUUCAGAGAGUAUUAUUAGAACUGUUUUGUUAUAGGUCAUUUUUUUAAAGAAAAAUUUUGCAAUUAAGUGCAUUCUUAAUUAAAAAAGAGUUUUAUCUAGAUUUAUCCUCACUUAAAUUGACAUCAUAAGAUCAUAAGAUAUGCACUUUGCAAUACGCUGAAAAGGUUUCCUGAAACCCUGAAAACAAAUUUUAGAUAUUAUUCAAUACAAUACUGAGCUAUAGGUUUAGGCCUUCAAAUCUAUUUAUAUAUAAUAUAUGUGCCAUAUAUGCAAAUAUAUGAAUAGAAUUUGUAAUGUAAAGUUAUUGGAAUGUCUGCACAAAUAUAGAGCUUUUUCAGCUUUAACCUGCUCACCUAUUUCUUAAUAUUUGGUGAGCUGCUCAAGUAAUAACCAUGCUGACUCUGCUCAAGUAAUAAUAAUGAUUAGUUCCUCUUGCAUUUGUGAUGACAUUUAUGCAUGAAACAGGCACAUACUGAAUGUACAUUAGUGCAAAGCACUAUUAUGCUUGGACAUGGAGGUAGGAACUGCAUGCAGAAUAUUAAUUUUACUUCCUAAUCACUAAGAACAGUGAUAAACAACCUCAACUGUGUAGAUGUGAUAUGGCAAUGCAUGCAUGGACAUGCAGCAUAUAUAUAGUGCUGUGAAAACUAUAAGCACUUUGCAGAAAUGUAGUUUAAACUGACUUUGAGGAUUCUACAGAUACAUCUACCUGUUAUUACUGUAUUAUGACAUAGCAGAAUUAAAUAACUAAAAAUGGCAAGCAAUAUACAUCUAUCUUUCUUAUAGUAUUAUAUAUGCAAUCAUUUUAUAAGCCUUAAUGAUGAUUAAUAACUAUAUAUCAAAAUUGCUGCUCUUUGCUUAACCAAAGGUCCCUGGACAAAUCUAAAACCGAUUAACUAUAACGUAAAUAAAGUGAUGAAAUGGCCUGUGUUUACACUGGGCUCUUAAGACAAGUAUGUCCUCACAUAUGCACCUGUCUCUUCUCAUCAUCACUAACCCUUCUGUAAUCUAUCUCGCCCUUUCCAAGGACUUUUGGCACACAGAUGUGUUUUUAAGCGUUCAUAUCAGACAUAGCUGAGCUGGGGAAUGAGGGAGGGAACAUGUCAGCUACACAACAGUGAACAAGGAAGUGAAGAGAGUUUCUAUGUUACUUACUAUGUCAGUUUCAGGGAUGAACAAAUUAUAAAUUGUGUAAAGCUCCAAUGUGGUUGUCCAGUCCCAUGUAUAUUUUCUUUGAAACCUAAUUAACGAGGAUAAAAAGUGAUAGCUAAUGUAACGUGAUAAAAUAUAGAUAGCUAGUUAUGUAAUUCAGUGCAUGAACACAGACACAAACGAGUACAUAAAUUCCUAGAUAUGGGGGCAACUCGCUUAUGGUCAGUAUUGUUUUUGAAAAAUUAUUUGAAAUGGCACAUCAUGCAUGUAUCCUUGGCACAAAGUCAGCAUGUUGUUGGCUGGUGUUUGCUAUAAGCUGUAAAUUUCUCCUUUUGCACUGUAAUUAAAAGAUAUUAUUUGAGUCUGGCUAACAUCUUUAUUUGUAACUGCAAGUUGACUGCAUGUUGUGCUUGCAGGAGAAUUACAUGACAGCUUUGCAUUGCACUUUAUUUUGCUUAUUUUGUUAGUGUUUCCAAAUACCUGCGUGCUCCUGAUUCUAAAAAGAUCGUCUAUCAUCAUGGUAAUUAAUCCACUUAGUAAAAAUGGAUGUGUGUGGCGCAGCAGGUGGUGGGAUUCGGAUUCACACUUUAGUUGCAGCAUUGAGGUGUGUUGCACUACCAUAACCAAAUAGAAACUUUUGCUUUGCAAAAUUAUAUAGUGUUAAUAGCAAUUAAUACACAUAGUGUUAUUUCUUUCUUUGGUUGUUGAACAAGAGAAUAAAAAAAAAGAAGUUGUGAUCAUUAGCCUACUCAGCUGAGCAAUUAUGAAUAAAAAGCAGAUCGUCCAGACAGAGCUGAUAGAGCUGUGUAACACUGUAAGCUUGUUAAGAAUUAAGUCUGUAACUAAUUGUCUGUAGCUUUUUAAGUAGGAGCUGAGGAAAAGCCUUGAAUCAUUUGCAGACAGGAAAAACUGCAUAUGAGUAAAAACAGACAGUAAAUGCUUUAGUGUUGACUUAACACUUAUUGUGUUCAUCUGAGUCUUUUGGAUUUAAUUGAACACUGGAGAUUUUAAAGUGUACUAUUGUUAUUGAUGCCACAGAUUUUUGCAUUUGAAGGAACCUUUUCAGAGCACUUAAAAAAGACCAAAGUGUGGAUUUUGUGCACAUGAAUGAAGUUGUAGGCACAGUUACAAAUGUUGACCCUGUUCCAACUCUCAACAUUUUCCAUCAUAGCUUUUCAUGCAAAAUAAGGGUAUUGUUAGCCAUUUUCAAGUGUUGUACCAUGUUGUGUUCUUGCUGUUUUUUUGACAAUUAUCUGAAGACUCAGUUCUUUCAAGAGCACUUGAGCAUUGGCGCUCUCUCUCUUGCACUUGUUUCUUGUCAAUUAAUGAAAAUUCAGUCUUGACACUUCCAUCACUGUCGGCUCCUUUAAUAGAUCUGUGCUUGGACUGUAUUCUAGCUCUAUUAUUUAGCUGUCACUUUGGAUGAAAGCAUCAGCCAAAUAAUUAAAUGUAAUAUUUUGGCAGAGGUUCAGACAUCAAAACACUCCAGCCUCUGUAUUUAUUACCUGUUAAAAAAAAAUAAGAAAUUCAUUUCCCCUAAAAACCUGUUUAUUGAAGGUUGAACAUAUUGAACAUGCACAGUUAAGAACAUAGAACAUAUUUACAGACUGAACACAGAAAAAAGUAGAAAACAAUAAUUUAUUGACUGGCUUCCUUUCAUCGGAGCAUCACUGAUUUGCAAAUCAGCUAAUUUUUAACACAUUUAAAAAAGACAAAACAUUUCUGGCUAAUAAGAUCUGUGUAUUUUGGCUAUAAAAAUGGCCGUUUGUAAUUGAGGCCCUUUGGAAAGUAAAAAUGAGAAGUGUACAUUACAGGAGACUAGAUAGUAAGGGCUAGAAAGUGUUCUGUUCUUCACAGUAGCAUGUUAAAGAGCACCAAAUGUUUCACAUUAGAAACACUAAAAUGACCAAAUUGACGCCAAUGGAAGGAAGGCAAUGACUUCUCACCUGUAACAAAUUACAGUCCACUGUUUCUUACAUGUUCCUUUCUUUGAAAGAUAAGGCCUUGGAUAUUUAACACUCAACCACUGGCCUAUUGGCUCUUUAUUACUCUACUUGCAUACACACCUAACUACACCAACUCUAUUUUUAUUACAAAGCUAAGACAUUCUAUAGGUAACUUGUUCAAAGUACAGACACGGACACAGAGCCCCUCUUGAAAAAUCCAGUCUCAAACCUAGAACACAUCUGACAGGAAAAUCACUGGUUCAAAGGCAACAUAGGAUGUCAUCCAUCGAGUAUAGUACAGACAUUACAAUCACUGACUAUUCAUCUCCAUCACAUUAUGAGUGCUACUUGUAUGUAAAAGCAGAAUAGGUUCUUAGGAAAGAAUAGGACAGAAUAGGUUAUGGACUUUGCACAUUCUGGAAAAUGUUUCAUGCUACACUAUGGAUUUUGCAGUUUGAAAGCGGAGAAGUUGUAGAAAGGUUGUGAAUAAAAUGUCGCUUGCAUGAUAUUAUUGUUAUAUAAUAAACUGGAAGCCAAUUGUG